GGCUACCUAAUAAAUAAGCAAACCCUACCUCCCCUCCUCUUCCCCUCCUAGCCGGAGCUAUGUCCGACCGCCGCCGCUACAAGGAGAAGCCCCGCGACCGUGACAGGGACCGCGAUGUCGACCGCCAUCGCGACCGGGAUCGCGACCGGGAGAAGGAUCGCGACCGGGACCGCCACCGCGAGCGCGAGCGCGAGCGCGAGCGGAAGCGCUCCCGGUCCCGCUCCCCGUCGGCGGACCGGGACCGCUCCCACCGCCGCCACUCCCACUCCCAUCGCGGCCGCUCGUCCCCCUCCCCCGACGCCGGUCGCCACAAGCGCCGCCGCGAGGCGUCCCCCGCCGCCGCCGAACACCACAAGGAAGACAAGAACACCGAUCCUCCCGCUGGUCCCAAGGGUGGGAGCGGCGGAGGGGAGGCGGCGGCGGCAGCGGGCGAUGGGGACGUGGACGCGGAGGAGCUCGAAAUGAUGAAGAUGAUGGGCAUCCCCUUCGGGUUCGACUCCACCAAGGGGAAGCACGUGCCCGACGCUGACGUCAGCGGCGUGCGCGUCAUCACCAAGCGGCAGCCGCGGCAGUACAUGAACCGCCGCGGCGGGUUCAACCGGCCCCUGCCGCCAGAGCGCAACCGCUGAGGAGGGGAAAGGAUCAUGCGCCAAUGCAAAUAUGUCCUGAUGUCGGGUUGCAGUUGACUCUGUUACUGGACAGCGUAGGAGAUGAGUUGCUGCUGAGCAUGUAUAACCUUGAUGGCUAGUUACUCUGCAAAAUUCUGUAGACUAUCGUAUCAUGUUCUCUCCAUUAUGCUUUCUUUUGUCAUCAUUGUUCUGUCGGCAUUCCAGGAAAACAGAAUUUGGUGGCUCAUUUUGAAACUAUGGGUUUGCAACUUUGCGUGA